CGUACAUGUAAACAUACCGCUAAUCCUAGGAGUGAUCACAACAACAUCAAGACGUCUUCAACACGUCUGCAUUCUAUCUCUAGAUUGGUAUCGGUAUCCUUUCGUUUCUACUCUCAGCAAUGUCUCGUCACCACAUUCUCUCCCUCCCUGUGGAGAUCCUAGCGCUCAUUUUCAAUCAACUUCGAAUGCACACCGAGAUUCACGGAGAAGUGAACUGGAAUUAGUCGUCCCCGGAGCGCGAUGGUGAUACGAUCUUCCCAACCAAUUGGCACACAGUCCGAAACGUACGGCUCGUCUGUCGGCUCUUUAACCAGUGCUCUUCUCAUCUUCUAUGCCCUAUCCUGCAUAUAGGGCUUAGCCAGCUGUCUCUAGACAAGGCACGUGUGCUCUGUCAGAACAAGGACAUUCGAAGAAAUGUCCGCGGCUUGGUCAUUGUGCUGGACCACCGGCCAUGGAGGCUUGCUAAUAAGGAUUCGCGCUUUGCCGCAUACUGGAUGGGCCAAUUGCGUAAUACAUACCAACACGCCUGUGAUGCUUUCAGACAGUUUCGUGCCGAUCAUAUAUGCGACGAAGAUGGCCCGGAAGCCCUUCGAUUUCGUGAGUGCAUCAGGAAAUACGCGCUGCUUCGCGUGGCCUGGGAAACCCCGUCUGAUUUCCCGACCCCGGACGAGGAGGUCAACGAGUAUCAGCGAAUUCUACGCCAAAGUUAUCAAGAGUACAGCCGGGAGCACAAGGAACAGCGCCAAUUGAUCACGAACAAGACGUUUGUGCGCGCUAUCGUCCGCAUCGUUUCUCUCUUGAAACGACCCAUUGCUCUAUCUCUUCUCGACCACGUAUACAGUUUCGACCGCUGGGACCUUCCCGAUCCUGGCGCCGUCCUACUGAACAAGCAGACGCUGUUCCACACAAUGACGCUGCCGCAAUCCUGGGAAGCCGCCGAGGCCUUGUCGGGAGUACCCCUGCUCAUGCCAGCCCGUAUUCUCACCGAGCUCCCCAUUGCCAUCUACGAGGCUGGUGCUAAGUUGCAGGCGCUAUCAAUUGGCUGCUUCCCGAUACGGACAAGUUACUCUCAGAUAUGUCCACCCAGCUUCCGUGGAUCGUCGGACAGAACAUUGGAGGACCUCAGGGAAGCGUGCCAGUCAUUGCGAGUGUUUCGCUUCGGAUCCAGAGAGAAGGUCACCCACUUUGCUUUUAGGCCUGAGGGCAUCUCGGCCGAGGAUCGAUUUUAUCUUGAUAACUACAUCGGUGCCGCGCUCUCCAGCCAGCACCUCAAAGUCAUCGACCUCGACAUGAAAGAUUACUGUCCGCGUGAUUUGAACAAUAAGCCCAUCGGGGGCUACCCCCUAGGCAACAACGUCCUGCAGGCCCCGCCGCCUUGGCCUGGCCUCCAGGCUGUUAACAUCACCCACAUCGCCCUGUCAGAGAGACAACUCGAAUCCCUCUGCAGUAAUCUCGGCAUUCACCUGGAGCAUCUGAGUCUAGCGAGAGUAGAGCUAUUGAGCGGCAGUUGGUCUAAGGCCCUAGACAUACUACGGGACAAAAUUGCGUCUCGGAGCAAAACCAAGUAUAUCAGGGUUAGACUUUCACAUCUCUAUGGCGGCGAGUUUGGACCAAUGUGGAAUUUUGCAGCUUUCCCAUUCCCAGGCGAGGAGAAUUUCGAGUAUCCGAACAUGCCAGAUGUGGUUCGGUAUGUCAUGGGCGAGGGGGUGGAUGAGAAUCCGCUGCGAGUAGCAGCAGUAGCAGCAGCAAUGGCGAUGCUCUCAGUCUCCCCAUAGAUGAUGGCAGGGAACCAUACUUGGCCAUCGUCAACGAGCGCAGUAUGUUAGAUACCUCAGCGUCCUUUUCGGGUUCUCAUAGCGUUGCCUUUCAAUAUAAUAUCAGAAGC